GCAUGCAUUGACUGAAUACAUAAUCUCAGGUUCUUGUGCUUUUUAUUUAUGAUUUUGAGCUACUGAUCAAAACCUAAUGCUUUCUUAACUGUUGGGUCCUGGAGUGAUGAUGACAUAUCGCUUGGAUUCAGAAUCAAGGCAAGAUUGUCAUUCCAAAGAGUAUUUUGGUGCUAUCAAUAUUGAUGAAAUUGACUGUGCUUAUGGAUCAGUUAAACUUCAACCUAAUGGGGAGAACCUUUAUGCAAAAUCUUUGAGUGGCUCACCUUUAGCUGAGAAUUCCAAUAAACAAAUUGUGGAUGGGAUUAAGAAAUUUGAAGAAAUAAAUGGGCAAGAGAAUGCCGAGCAGGGUGAAGCUCUUGAUUAUGAAGUGGAUGGUACAAAUGCCAAGCCUGUGGAUUUUGAGAAUGAUAUGCUACUGUGGCUCCCUCCAGAACCUGAGGAUGAAGAGGAUGAGAGAGAAGCUGCUCUAUUCGAUGAUGAUGAUGAGGGUGCUACAGGGAGUGGGGAUAUUUGCGCUCUUCAAAUAGCUUUGGCAGUGGGGACUACCGAAGUAGGGAUAAGUCCACUGAGGAGCAGAGGCAGGCCAUGAAAAAUGUGGUGGAAGGGCAUUUUAGAGCUUUGGUAGCUCAGAUUUUGCAGGUUGAAAACCUCUUUGUGGAUAAUGAGGACGGUGCACAAAGUUGGUUGGAUAUAAUAAUUUCUUUGUCUUGGGAAGCUGCAACACUUUUGAAGCCAGAUACAAGCAAGGGAGGUGGAAUGGAUCCUGGAGGAUAUGUGAAAGUUAAAUGCAUAGCUUCUGGGCAUCGCAGUGAAAGUGCUGUGGUAAAAGGAGUUGUUUGUAAGAAAAAUGUGGCUCAUCGACGAAUGACAUCAAAAAUAGAUAAACCUCGUUUUCUAAUCCUUGGAGGAGCUUUGGAAUAUCAGCGCAUUUCUAACCACUUGUCAAGUUUUGAUACGUUGUUGCAGCAGGAAAUGGACCAUCUUAAGAUGGCAGUUGCUAAAAUUGAUGCACAUCAUCCUAAGGUUCUUUUGGUGGAGAAAUCCGUGUCCAGAUAUGCCCAAGAGUAUCUUCUUGACAAAGGCAUAUCACUUGUUCUCAAUAUUAAGAGGCCACUUUUAGAGCGUAUAGCCCGCUGCACUGGUGCUCAAAUAGUUCCUUCCAUUGAUCGUCUUACAUCACCGAAGCUAGGGUAUUGUGAUGUGUUCCAUGUGGAGAAAUUUCUUGAGGAGCAUGGAAGUGCUGGGCAAGGAGGGAAGAAAUUGACGAAGACUCUAAUGUUUUUUGAGGGUUGCCCUAAGCCUCUGGGGUAUACUAUACUUAUGACAGUGACUACAAGAAUCGUGUUUGUUAGUUUUGCAUGAUCGGAUUUGUUACCAAUAUCUGUAGCUUGUGGAUCUUCGGCUUCAAAGUCUGUCUCUAUUGUUGGAAUUUCUUGAACUUUCUCUAUUAUGUUUUGGAAUAAUCACUUCUUGAUGAUAGCUAAGGUAGAGUUAUGUAUUUAUUGUAAUCAUGUAGCCACACUUUUAUAUUACAGUGAAGUUUUUUAGUGGAUUCUCGUGGUUUUUACCCUUUGAUUUAAAGGGGUUUUCCACGUAAAAA